AAUCCCAAAACACUUGGAACUCUAUUUUCUUCUUUUUGCAUUGCAUCUUAAACUCUCUCUUUAGCUUCUCAUUUUCCUUGUCCAAUGGAGUUGGGUAGUGUUGUCCAUUUUCUUGAGAACAGAACAAUUUUAGUCACUGGUGCCACUGGCUUUCUAGCGAAGAUAUUUGUGGAGAAGAUACUAAGAGUUCAACCAAAUGUGAAGAAACUCUAUCUUCUUCUAAGAGCUUCAGACGCUCACUCAGCCUCUCAACGGUUACAUAAUGAGGUCAUAUCAAAGGACUUAUUUAGGGUUCUAAGAGAGAAAUUGGGUGCAAAUUUGAAUUCCCUCAUAUCGGAAAAAGUCACUCCGGUCGCCGGAGACAUUACUUGUGAGAACUUGGGGGUUAAAGACUCUAAUUUGGUGGAAGAGAUGUGGAAAGAAGUGGAUAUUGUAGUUAAUUUAGCAGCAACAACAAAUUUUGAAGAGAGAUAUGAUGUUGCAUUGCUUCUCAAUACAUUGGGAGCUAAGCUUGUUUUGGACUUUGCAAAGAAAUGUACUAAUAUAAAGAUGCUGCUCCACAUAUCUACAGCUUAUGUAUCAGGAGAAAGGGAGGGACUCAUAGUGGAGAACUCGUAUUACAUGGGUGAGACACUCAAUGGGGCUCAUGGAUUAGACAUUGAAAUGGAAAUAAAAGUUGUUGGAGAAAGGCUGAGAGAGCUUAGGGAGGAAGAGGCUACAGAUGGAGAAAUUAAAAUGGCAAUGAAGAAGUUGGGCAUUCAAAGAGCAAGGAAGUUUGGAUGGCCAAACACCUACGUAUUUACAAAGGCAAUGGGAGAGAUGCUUUUGGGACACUUGAAAGAAAAUAUGCCCCUAGUUAUCAUCAGGCCCACCAUCAUAACUAGCACUUUCAAAGAGCCCUUCCCCGGUUGGGUUGAAGGUGUCAGAACGAUUGAUAGCAUGAUAGUUGGCUAUGGCAAAGGAAAUAUGACAUGCUUCCUCGCUGAUCCAAACUCUAUUAUUGAUGUGAUCCCAGGAGAUAUGGUGGUGAAUGCAAUGAUGGUAGCAAUGGUGGCUCAUGCAAAUCAAGCAUUUGCAGCCUCUGAUGAGAUGAUGAUAUACCAUGUGGGUUCUUCAGUAGCAAACCCUUUUAUACUAAUUUGUCUUAAAGAUUAUGGACAGCGUUACUUCACAGAGCAUCCAUGGAUUGGUAAAGAUGGAAAGCCUGUCAUUGUUGGCAAUUUUACACUACUCACCUCCAUGGAUAGCUUCCACAGAUACAUGACCCUUCGUUACUUGCUUCCCCUCAAGGGAUUAGAAUUAGUAAAUAUAGCAUCUUGCCAAUAUUUUCAAGGCAUAUAUCUCAAGUUGCGUCGAAAGAUCAACCACGUGAUGCGGAUGAUUGAAAUUUAUCGACCAUACUUGUUCUUUAAGGGCAUAUAUGAUGAUAUCAACACAGAAAAGUUGCGCAUGGUAGCUGGAGAGAGCGGUGUUGAGACAGACGUGUUUUACUUUGAUCCUAAGGGCAUUAACUGGGAAGACUACAUUAUGAAUACUCACAUUCCUGGCUUAGUAAGAUAUGUGUUUAAGUGAUUGUCGCAAUUGGACUUUAUGACUAGGACUGCAAACAAGUUGAGCUGAGAAAGAGUUUGAAAAUCAAACUCGAGAUCUGCUUGAAAAAUUAAUAUAGUAUAUAUAUGUUGUGUUUGGGGAGAACUCACAUCUCAAAGAAUUUCCCAAUUUGAUAUAUUUCAUUGAUUAAGAGACAUGUAAUAUGAAUAUUUACUUUUUGGUUGCUAA